AUGCCGCCCGCAUUCCCCUUCUCUAGCCCCCUCUCUAGUCUCCCUAGCUCAUCACGGACCACACCAAGUCUUGAUGACCUCAUAUAUGCGAUGGAGACGGAGGUAGCGGAGGCCGUUGUUCCUAUCAAAGUACCUGGCGAGGAGAUUUCUGAAGUAGGAGAGAAGGAGGCAAUUGUGUUGCGAACCACAACAAGCGAGGUGGUCAAUACCACCCUUCCUGCUUCACCGCUCCUCCCCAACACCUCUGUCCCUAUCAACGAACCUUACCCCACUGCUCUCACGAACAGAACAGUACACACAAACGGUGGUAAAAAGCGUCAGUCUCAGUCAAUUUGUACUGGGCCACCAACGAAAAGAUUUCGGGUUGACUCUGGUGGUCCGCACUUCGAUGCCGACUUUUUCAGCCCUUCACUCUCUCAUCGUGCCCCACAUCCACACCCGCACGGGCAUUCUAUCCGACCUGCACCUACUUCACCGGACAGAGUCGUGGUCAGAGUUAGGCGAGUAGGGGUGAUGAAGGCGUAUAAUACGAAGAGCCAACAGCGACCGCAGCCGCAGGUUCAGAAACACCCUAAAUCUAAGGCACGAGUGAAGAAGAUUAGUGAGUCUGUGAAGCCAGUUCAGGAGAAGCGGGACACGACGACACGAUAUUUGCGUCAACAACCGGACAAAGUUUCGUCUACCUCGAAGAUGGCAACUAAAGCACCUACGAAGCCCGCUUCAGCUGGGAAAUCCGGCACCACACGCUCAAGGGCUUUGCGGAUGAUUGUUGAGUCUGAUUCAGAUUCUUCAGAUUCGGACGAGGAGGACCGGACAAAAGUGGCUGAAAGAAGAUCGUCUUCACCACUUUCGUCAGUGAUGUCUUCGGAAACCGAGGAAGAAGAGAAUGGCGAUGAGAGUGCUGACGAGGUUGACAGUGAUGAGGAAGAAGAUGAGAUAGUCGAAAAGAAAGCAAAGUCGAAAUUACGUGGAUCUGCUAAAUCUUCCAAGGCGUCAACUCGUACAAAGCCGUCGUCUAGUGCCUUCCCGAAACCACCAUCUCCCCUCGAUCCUCGUGAUGCUGAAAUAAUCGGACUCCUCAUCGAGACGAUGGCGCAGUCUCGUGCGUCCUCACAUACGGUGUCGGUGCUUUAUAAAUCCUUACUCGAGAAUCGCGCUGGGGUGUUGGUUCGGUUGGCCGAGGGGUUGGAACCCAAAGACGAGGAAGGGGAAGUCGAAGCGAAACAAAAGAGGGGCGAGAAAGAUUGGUGGAUGUAUGAGCUUGUGAGGGUCCUGGAGUUGGGUAUGACGAGGUGUGGGAUGUUUGGUAGGGUCGACAGCAGUGGCAGGGACUCUUCAGAUCGCUUGAUGGAAGCUCACUACUUUUAUGUCCCUGAACGAGACGAAGAUCAAGAACGAGCAACUCUUAUCAGAAGCAUUAUGCCAAGGGCGGGGAAAAGGAACGAAACCAAAAAAUAUAAACAAUAUUACUGGAAGCCUGUCGAGGGGAAGCGAUUACGAUGGGACGCUGUUGAUGGUAUCUGA